AUAUACUUCUACUAUUCUUAAGCACUGCUUUUUAUAGCGGAGCCUGGAGGACCUGCGUUUCUUACAGUAAAAUGGUAAAAGCUGGUCGGUUACGCUCCGGUUCAACCGGUAAACUGAAACGGUGGAAGAAGGGUCGUAGCAGUGAAUGUAACCCGGAAAUUCGGCGACAUCGUGAGGCUGCCCGAAGCCGUUUCUUCAGCAGACCAGCGGUGAAUAGUGACCUGACUGUAGACAGCCUAAAACUUCAUAAUGAAUUACAGUCAGGGUCACUGUCCUCAAGCCUGAAGGAACUCCCAAAAGAUUCUCCAUUCCUUGAAGAGGAAGAAGAUGGUGUGCUUACUGAAAAAUCUGGUGGUACCUUUCUGAGUGGCUUAUCUGACUGCACCAAUGUAACGUUUGGGAAGGUUCAGCGACUCUGGGAGUCCAAUUCUGCUGCACAUAAAGAGGUCUGUGCAGUACUUGCUGCCGUUACUGAUGUAAUCCGCUCACAAGGAGGGCAGGAAACUGAGACAGAGUAUUUUGCUGCUUUGAUGACCACAUUGGAGGCUGUAGAAUCGCCAGACUCUGUGGCUGCUGUAGGUUACCUACUUAACUUGGUGUUAAAACGUAUAUUGUCUCCUCUUCUGCUUCUAAAGUUCAGUUUAAUUACAAAAAGUUUUUUUUUUUUUUUACCAGCUUCUCUUGAAAGUGGUAGAGAAUCAGCAGUUUGGAUUAUAUCCUGUUUGGCAACCUUACUAAGAAAACAAGACCUGACAACAUGGAGUUAUCCAUCCACACUUCAAAUAUACCAUGGACUACUAAGUUUUACUGUUCACUCCAAGCCCAAGGUCCGCAAGGCUGCACAGCAUGGAGUGUGUUGUGUACUCCGGGGGAGCGACUUCAUGUUCGGUGAUGACCCACCUCUCCAUCAUCCUGCUGCACAAUCUACAGCAAAAUUCUGCAUCCAGCAGAUUGAGGAAUCUGGAGGUAGUAAAGAUGCCACCACCACUCUUCAUAUUUUAGGACUUCUUAAGGACCUUUUGCCCUCUUUCCCAGUCAUUGCAGUCAAGUCUUGUUGUGAAACCAUGCUACGAGUCAUGACUCUUGGCCAUGUGUUUGUUACGUCUUGUGCAAUGAAGGCAUUCCACAGUCUCUUCAGUACAAAACCAAGCCCAUCAUCCCUUACGGCCGAACUUAAUGCACAGAUGAUUACGGCCUUGUAUGAUUACAUACCAAAUGAGAAUGACCUGCAGCCAGUCCUGGCCUGGUUAACAGUUAUGGAAAAGGCUCAUAUUAAUUUAUCCAGGCUGCAGAGUGAUCUGUGCUUUGGCCACCUUCCCCGCUUUUUUUCUGCUGCCAUGAACUGCUUCCUGUCCCCCCACACAGAUGUUGUUUCUACAGCAAUGCAAACAUUAAAGACACUUAUUCAGGAUUGCGUGGCCCCACAUGUGACUGAAAUUGGACCACUCAACUUGUCUGUUGCAUCUGGACCUGCCUCCAGUAUUUGUAAGUUGUUCAGGGCUGUAGAAGAUGGGCUGACAUACAAAUUCCAUGCUUCUUGGGCUUUUGUCCUUCAAGUUCUUCGCUCGUUUUUUGAAGUAGCUGGAAAACAGGGUUAUCUGAUCAUGAAAAAGUGUUUGCAAACACUUUGUGACUUACGCUGUGCACCACAGUUCCAUUUCACUGGUGAGCUGGACCGUGCUGUAGGUGCUGCUGUGGAAACAAUGGGACCUGAAAAUGUGCUUUUAGUGAUACCCCUUGAGAUUACAGGCACUGAGCAGACACUGGAUUUCCCCAGAAGCUGGUUGAUUCCUGUACUGAGAGAUCAUGUCAAGAAUGCAGAACUUGGAUUUUUUGCCCGUUACUUUAUGCCGCUAGCUGCAUCUCUCAAAAAUCGAGCUACUGAACUUGCCGAGGCUGGCAGGCCUCUGGAAUCCAAAAUCUAUGACACCUUGCAGUGGCAGAUUUGGACAAUAUUGCCUGGAUUCUGCAAUGGCCCCACUGAUAUUGUAUCCUCCUUUAAAGGCGUAGCCCGCACUCUGGGGAUGCUGAUCGCUGACAGAGCAGAUGUACGGCUUACUUUGUGUCAGGCACUGCGAGUGCUUAUUAGCAAGGGAUGCAAGACAGAUGAAGACCGUGCAGAAGUAGGACGCUUUGCCAAGAAUUUCCUUCCAAUACUGUUUAAUCUCUACUGCCAUCAAAAUGCUGAAGAGGAGAAUGCUUCAUAUCGUGCACCUGUGCUAGACACCAUAAAAUCGUAUCUUACUCUUACUGAGCAGAAGCUAGUCUGUGGAUUUCUAGAAAAAGCCAGUGAGAAAUUAAACAAUCCAGAGAGCACAGAAAAGACAAGAUUGUCUGUUCUUGAUUUGAUUUCUGCCAUGGCUCCAUACACAGAUGAACAAGCAUUGUGCUCAGUAUAUCGUGUUAUUCUACCAUGUCUUGAGAGUAAAACACGCAGUAUUCAAAAGAAGGCUUACAGAGUAUUGGAGGAAGUCUGUGGUGGAGAACGGGAGUCAUGCAAACAGUUUGUGCAUAAGACUGUAGAGGAGCUGAAAAUGACUUUGCUGGAGUCCCUCAAGAGUGCCUCUUCUCCUGCCAAAAGGCCAAGACUGAAAUGCUUGAUUCACAUAGUGAAGCAACUUAGUGCUGAACAUGAAGAUUUCAUCAGGGCAAUCAUUCCUGAGGUAGUUUUGUGCCAGAGGUCCAUAUCCCUUGGUUUGGAAGCCAGUGCUUGGACUUUGAUUGAAAAGACAAAUCAUGAGUGUCUCGGUUUCGGCCGAAACCGAGAAAACUCCAUUCAGCAGUACUUGGCACUUGUGUAUGCAGGCCUGGUGGGAUCAGUAACCAUGAUCAGUUGUACCGUGCUAGCUCUGACCCGUCUUGUAUACGAAUUCAAAGAUUUGAUGAGUACACUGGUGCUUGAAGAAUUGCUUCAGAAUGUCUGCCUUCUGCUUGGCUCCAAAACACGAGAGAUUGUGAAGUCUGCACUAGGAUUUGUCAAGGUGAUCGUCUUCAUAAUGGACAUCAAACUGCUGGCUCAGCACCUGCAGCUAAUAAUGGAAGGAAUUGGAAACAUUAAAGAUGACAUACGACGCAACCUAAGAGUGAAACUGAAGAACAUCUACACCAAAUUUAUCAGGAAAUUUGGGUUUGAUCUUGUAAAAAGCAUGCUUCCUGAAGACUGUCAUAAAGUGCUGGUGAACAUUCGCAAAACAGAAGCCAAGAACAAGAAGUUCAAAGCAAUGAAGUCUGUGGCUGAAGCUGGAUCUGACAGCGAGGAUGAACAUUUUAAAGAGAGUGGAAACAGCAUUGAAGAGAUCUUGGCAGAAACAGAUUCUGAAGAAGAGAACAAAAAACCUGUGAAAGAACCAAAGAAACAGGUUCGAAAGAAGAGUUUGGCCUGGCUGAAGGAAGGAGAAGAGGAUGAACCAUUGAACUUCUUGGACCCUAAAGUUACCCACAGAGUGCUAGCUACUCGGCCAGGUGUGAACAAGAGCAGCAAGACGAAACACGACUUCAAGAUCACAUCUGAUGGUCGUCUGAUAAUAAAAGAUAAUGAGGAAGCAACAUCGAGAGGUCAAAAAGAAGAGCUUGAGGAUGUAAUGGCUGACAUCGGCAUCCGGAGUAAAAAGCCUCAGAAAAAAGGGUUGCGAGAAGAGGCUGAUGAAGAUGCAAUGAUGGAGACAGAUUCUCAGUCCCAGUAUAAAGCUGGAGGUUCUGGUAUUCAUAGACCGUUGUCAAAAAAGGUGGGAUUUGGGGAAGAGUACAAGUCAAAGAAAGGCAGGGGAGAUGUGAAGAGAAAAGGAAAGCCGGAUCCGUAUGCUUAUAUCCCCCUGAACAAAGCCCAACUGAACAGAAGGUAA